AUGGUCAAGACAUCCGCUGCCGCUCGACAGGUUCUUGAUCUUUUCCAGCAUGUCCAUGGCGACAAGGGCUUUGAAGUUCCUGGCAUCAAUGAUCCGGUCAAUGAACCAACUGUGGCUCCCAUCACGGGGUACAACAACCCGGCGCCUAACGGGUACCAGAUGGCACCGAAGUUCCAGUCCAAGGUUGGCCAGUUGGGCUCGAAUCCACUCCUAUUACCGCAAAGGUUGCUUGGACUGCAGGCCAGAACAAGCUGGCAGACGAUGCUGCUCGCCGAGCAUCCAAAGCCUGCCCUGACAAGCCACCCGGGGGCUAUCACAGCCUGGAACGAGGCGAGGAAGACUCCGAUGCCUUCGCCGUCAACUGCGUCAAGCAUCAAGCAGUGCUCCGACAAGUUUGUCGCUCGCGUCCUCCUGUAG